AGUCGUUGCAUUAGCUGCAUUGUUUCAUCUGUAAUAGUGGGAGGCUGGAGCAUAUCGUGGGAGGCAGUUUGCGGUUCGCUCGGUCAGUGUGGGGAGCGCUGCCAUUAUAUCCACUGGGUCACAUCGAACGGAUGGAGGAAUAUACUACGGGUGGAGGAGGAACGGAUGAAUAAGGGAUUUUAAGAGACCUGCAUUAACACUGCAUGCACGUUUUUCUUUUUUUACGGCUCUCUCUAUCGGGGUUCCCCCAGCAGUUGUCUUGCAGAGGCGGGCAAGCUUUAAACAAUAGCGCCCCGAGGAGCGCUGGAUACAGUAUCGCUGAGCGCAGAACCUCGGGCAUCAUCAUCAUCAUCAUCAUCAUUCACUACUACGAGCGUUCACCAAUGGAGACGGCCACGCGCUCUAGUGUUCCUCACACAUAGAUUACAAAGAUCCGUAGGUGUAAAAUCUGACCAUCAUCAUAACCGUCAUUCGUGGAAACGUAUCCUGCAAUGAUGAAUUCUGCCGAGGCGGCUGAGGAAGGACCGAACGAUCCAGAUACGGAGCCGUUUUUCAAAACAGUUCCGUCUUUCUCAUCAGGAUCUCUUAGGAAUGAUGGAAUAAAGGCGGCUGAUGUUCUAACAGUUUUAAGAGAGAAGGUUGCCUUUGUCUCAGGAGGAAGAGACAAGAGAGGGGGACCCAUCCUUACAUUCCCUGCACGAAGUAAUCAUGACAGAAUAAAACAAGAAGACUUGCGGAAACUGGUGACCUACCUCUCUACUGUGCCCAGUGAGGAUGUAAGUAAACGAGGGUUUACAGUGAUCGUAGACAUGCGCGGCUCGAAGUGGGAUCUGAUCAAGCCGUUGCUGAAGACGCUACAGGAGUCGUUUCCAGCUGAGAUCUGCGUCGCUCUCAUUAUCAAACCAGACAACUUCUGGCAGAAGCAGAAGACCAACUUUGGCAGUGCCAAGUUCACCUUUGAGACCAGUAUGGUUUCAGUGGAAGGUCUGACUAAGUUGGUGGACCCGUCUCAGCUGACGGCAGAUCUGGAAGGGACCCUGGAGUACGACCACGUGGAAUGGACUGAGCUCCGUGUUUCCCUUGAGGAGUUCACUGGAGGCGCUCUGCACCUCCUUUCCCGGCUGGAGGAGCUGCAGGAGGUGCUUUCUCGCCAGGAGCUGGCCACUAACGCAGAGGAAGCACGGAAACUCCUGGAGGAGCACGCUCGACUGAGGAAGACUAUGACGAAGGCACCGGUGGAUGAGUUAGACCAUGAAGGACAGCGGCUACUUCAGAAGAUCAGGGAUGGGGGAGACGGAAGGCUCUCUGGUGGGGCAGACUUCCAGAGUUUGGUACCUAAGAUUUCCGCCCUAUUGGAUAAACUUCAAGUUACGCGGCAGCACCUGCUACAGGCCUGGCACAACCGCAAGCAGCAGCUGGACCAGUGUUUUCAGUUACGGCUUUACGAGCAGGAUGCAGAAAAGAUGUUUGAAUGGAUCGGACACAAUAAAGAGCUGUUCCUGCAGACGCACACAGACAUUGGCGUGAGCGACCAGAAUGCAGCAGAUCUACAGACCCAGCAUGACCACUUUGCUAUGAACUCUAUGAAUGCGUAUGUCAAUAUCUCGCGUAUCGUCUCGGUGGCGACGCGGCUCUGUGAGGCGGGUCAUUACGCUGCCGCUCAGAUACAGCAGAUCUCUGGUCAGCUGGAUCAGGACUGGAAGAGCUUUGCCUCGGCGCUGGAGGAGCGCAGUGCCAUCUUGGCCAUGUCCUCUGUGUUCCACCAAAAGUCUGAACAGUUUCUCUCCAGCAUGGAGGGAUGGGUGAAGUUAUGCGGUGAGGUCGGCUUGCCGAUAGCUACGCAAGAGCUUGAGAUGGCCAUUCACAACCACCAGAAUCUGUACGAGCAGGUCACCACAGCAUAUACAGAGGUCAGUCAGAAAGGAAAGACACUACUGGAUGUGUUGCAGAGGCCUCAGCCUCCGGCUGACUCCGGGUCUCUGACAGCAGGGGCCGACUACAGUCAGGCGGUGAGGGGGGUUCUGGAGGUGGUCCAUGAGGUGGUUCAUCAGUAUCGCAGACUAGAGGGUCUCCUGCAACACCGCAAGCUCCGGCUGCACCAAAGACUUCAGCUGUGUGUGUUUCAGCAAGAUGUGCAGCAGGUCUUGGACUGGAUUGAAAACCAUGGCGAGGCAUUCCUCAGUAAACACACAGGAGUUGGGAAGUCUGUACACAGAGCAAGAGCACUACAAAAACGGCACGAUGACUUCCAGGAGGUGGCACAGAACACUUAUACUAAUGCGGAUAAGCUUUUGGAGGCAGGGGAGCAGCUGGCUCAGACGGGAGAGUGUGAUCCAGAAGAGAUUUACACUGCCGCCCAUCACCUGGAGGUCAGAGUUCAGGAGUUUGUACGGAGGGUGGAGCAGAGGAAACUACUGCUGGAUAUCUCAGUGUCUUUUCACACCCACACUAAAGAGCUGUGGUCGUGGAUGGAGGACUUGCAGAAGACUCUUGUGGAGCCAGUGGUGAACUCUGAGUCUGUGGAUGCUGUUCAGGAGCUGAUCAGACAGUUUCAGCAGCAGCAGAGCAGCACUCUAGAUGCCACACUCAAUGUCAUCAAAGAAGGGGAGGAGCUCAUUCAGCACCUGCGGGACUCAGCGUUGGCCUGUAAUAAGCUGCCUCAUGCCAGCUCCGUGGCUCAUAUCGAGGGCGUUCUUCAGCAGUUGGAUGAGGCUCAGGCUCAUAUGGAGGAGGUUUUCCACGAGCGCAGGAUCAAACUGGACAUCUUCCUGCAGCUCCGUAUCUUUGAACAGUAUGCCUUGGAGGUGAUGGGUGAGCUGGAUGCAUGGAAACAGGAUCUGAUCCGACAGGCAACUGAUUUCAACACAGAAGAACUCACGCUGGCUGAACAGAGAUUACACAGACACACUGAGCGCAAACUCGCCAUGAACAACAUGACCUACGAGGUUAUACAGCAGGGACAGGAUCUUCAUCAGUACAUCAUGGAGGUCCAGGCUUCAGGUAUGGAAAUCACUGGAGAAAAAGAUGUUGACUUGGCGGCAAAAGUUCAAGAGCUGCUGGAGUUCUUGAAUGAAAAACAGCACGAGCUGGAAGUGAGCGCAGAACACACACACAAACGUCUGGAGCAGUGCCUUCAGCUACGACACCUGCAGGCCGAGGUCAAACAGGUGCUGUGUUGGAUCCGUAACGGUGAAUCCAUGCUCACGGCGAGCACAACGAAUGCAGGUUCCCUAUCUGAGGCGGAACAACUUCAGAGAGAGCAUGAACAAUUUCAGCUUGCCAUCGAGUCUCUUCUCCAUGCCGACUCCCUGCAGCGCACCCACCAGAGUGCCCUGCAGCUCCAGCAGAGGGCGGAGUUGAUGUUGCAGGCGGGUCACUAUGACCCAGACGCUGUCCGGGCCUGCGCUGAGACCGUGGCCCUGCACUGGCAGACCCUCAUGCUGAAGAUGGAGGACAAAUUAAAGCUGGUUAAUGCCUCUGUGGCCUUCUACAAAACAUCUGAACAGGUAUGUAAUGUAUUGGAGAGUUUGGAACUGGAGUACAGGAGAGAGGAGGACUGGUGCGGGGGUAAUGAUAAAUUGGGCUCAACGGCAGAGACUGACCACGUCAGCCCUCUCAUCAACAAACACCUGGAGCAGAAAGAAGCCUUUCUCAAGGCAUGUACUUUAGCACGUCGUAAUGCGGAGGUCUUUCUUAAAUACAUCCAUCGAAACAAUGUGAGCAUGCCUGGGGUCGCUACCCACAAUCGAGCCACUGAGUCCCAAGUCAAAGCCAUUCUGAGUGAGCUGCUACAGAGGGAAAAUCGUGUUCUUCAUUUCUGGACUAUGAAAAAAAGACGUUUAGAUCAAUGCCAACAGUACGUUCUGUUUGAACGACAUGCCAAACAGGCCAUAGACUGGUUACAGGAGACAGGAGAAUAUUUUCUAUCCACACACACAUCACUUGGUGAUACCAGUGAAAAAACUCAGGAACUACUAAAAGAGUAUGAAGAUUUCCGUGUAUCCGCAAAGCAAACACAGGAGAAGGUGAAGCUGUUGAUCCAGCUGGCUGGUAGUCUGGUUGAGAAAGGGCAUGUCCAUACAACCGAGCUCAAGAGGUGGGUUUCUACGGUGGACAGAAGGUACCGAGACUUCUCUAUGCAGAUGGGUCAGUACCGCUGCAGCUUGGACCGAGCGCUAGGAGUGUGUUCUGAGGACAAUAAAGAUCUAGAGCUGGACAUUAUCCCAGCCAGCUUGACCCACACUGACCCAGAGGUCAACCUCAACGAUCCCGACCAUGAGGUUAAUGAGGAAAAGAAGAAAUCUGCCAGAAAAAAAGAGUAUAUUAUGGCUGAGCUGCUCCAGACAGAAAGAGCUUAUGUACGAGACCUACAGGAGUGUUUGGAGGUGAGAGUGUUUCCUCUGUCAAAGAGAAGCUUUAGAGAUUUUCUUACUGAUCUCAGACACCUCAUAUUUUCUUCAGAAAGUGUUCAAAUCUAGUUAUGUUUUGCCAUUGUUUGUUUUUGCAGCAUUUUUCUGAAAGAGCUGGAAAACUAUGAGCAGCUUCCAGAAGAUGUGGGCCAUUGUUUUGUCACAUGGGCUGAUAAAUUCCAUAUGUACGUCACCUACUGCAAAAACAAACCUGACUCCAGUCAGCUCAUCCAGGGCCAGGCCGGAAGAUUCUUUGAUGAGAUACAGCGGAGACAUGGACUGGCCAAUUCAAUCUCAUCGUACCUGAUCAAACCCGUUCAGAGAAUCACCAAAUACCAGCUUUUGCUGAAGGAGUUGCUGACAUGCUGUGAGGAAGGGAAAGGAGAAAUAAAGGAGGGUUUGGAGGUGAUGCUCAGUGUGCCUAAACGUGCUAAUGACGCCAUGCAUGUCAGCAUGCUGGAGGGUUUUGAUGAGAACCUGGCUGUACAGGGGGAGUUGAUCCUACAGGACACCUUCCAGGUGUGGGACCCCAAAUCUCUGAUCCGCAAGGGCCGGGACCGACAUCUUUUCCUCUUUGAGAUCUCUCUCGUUUUCAGUAAAGAGAUGAAAGACUCGUCAGGACGCACCAAAUAUGUUUACAAGAACAAGCUGUUGACAUCAGAGUUAGGAGUCUCCGAACACAUUGAAGGUGAUCCGUGUAAGUUUGCUCUAUGGGCCGGCCGGACACCUACAUCUGACAACAAAACGGUUCUCAAGGCCUCCAGUAUAGAAGUGAAACAGGAGUGGAUCCGGAACAUCAGGGAAGUGAUUCAGGAGAGAACCAUCCACCUGAAGGGGGCGCUAAAGGAGCCCAUACACCCUCCCAAAACCCCAGCCAGACAGCGCAGCAUCAGCAAGAGGGAAACGACUGAGGACGCAGACAGCCAGGGUGAUGCCAGCAGCCAGCCGGACACAAUCUCCAUCGCUUCCCGCACCUCCCAGAACACUGUAGACAGUGACAAGUUGUCGGGUGGCUGUGAGCAGACUGUGGUUCUGCAGGACUUUGUUUCGGGAUCGGUGGGUGAGUUGAGCGUUCAGUCUGGUCAAACCGUCGAGUUGCUGGAGAGGUCUGGAGAGCGGCCCGGCUGGUGUCUGGUACGGACCACCGAACACUCGCCUCCUCAGGAGGGUCUGGUUCCCAGCAGCACCCUGUCCGUGUCUCACUCCCGCAGUAGUGUUGACAUGGACUGCUUUUUACCACCUGGGAAAGAAAACUAUCCUGUGGGAAGUUCAGAGGUCAAAUCUGAGUCUGCCGCAUCGCUGCAGCCGCAGACAUCGGUGACCUCUUUGCCGACCGGUUCUCCAGGACCUAAACGCUCUGGAACUACUGGAAACACACUAAAAAAAUGGCUCACCAGCCCAGUACGACGUCUCAGCCACGGCAAGGGCGACAACACUAAUGCCAAAAAACCCAACAACAAACAACGUAAACGAGACGGCCGGAAGAGUGUAGAAUUGGGCCCGCCGCACCAGGACAGCACUGAAGAGAGAGGAAGACGAGGAGUAAACAGCGGAGGAGAGGAAGAGGCUGAAGACGAACCCCACACACCCCUCCCUCCCCCCAUGGAGAUCAUCAAGGACCCCUCUGCUCAGGAGGAGAAGACUCCAGAGCCUGGCUCUUUCCCAGUGUUGGGUAGCAUCACGCCGUCUGAUCAGACGCCCAGAGACCCAGAAACAGAGCAGAAGAACAAGGCCAUGAGAGGGCGAAUGUUUGUGUUAAAUGAAAUGGUGCAGACAGAGAGGGACUAUGUGAAGGAUCUGGGUGUCAUAGUGGAGGGCUUUAUGAGAAGGAUUGGGGAAAAAGGUGUUCCAGAGGACAUGACGGGGAAGGAUAAGAUCGUAUUCGGGAACAUUCAUCAAAUCUACGACUGGCAUAAAGAGUUCUUCCUCUGUGAACUAGAAAAAUGUCUGCAGGACCACGACAGACUGGCUGAGCUGUUUAUCAAGCAUGAGAGAAGGUUACACAUGUAUGUCAUCUACUGUCAGAACAAGCCCCGCUCAGAGUUUGUCGUGGCUGAAUAUGAUGGAUUCUUCGAGGAGGUGCAGCAGGGGGUAAACUCCAGACUGUCCAUCAAUGAUUACCUGAUCAAACCCAUCCAGAGGAUCACCAAAUACCAGCUCCUGCUCAAGGACUUUUUGAAGUACAGCACUAAAGCAGGUCUGGACUGUAAAGAGAUAGAGAAAGCAGUUGAGCUGAUGUCCCUGGUGCCCAAACAAUGUAAUGACAUGAUGAACCUUGGACGAUUGCAGGGCUACGAGGGGAAGUUGACAGCUCAGGGAAAGUUAUUGCAGCAGGACACGUUCUUCGUGACAGAGCAGGACUCUGGCGUUCUGUCCCGCAGUAAAGAGCGCAGAGUGUUCCUCUUUGAACAGAUCGUCAUCUUCAGCGAGCUGCUUCGGAAAGGCUCGUCAACACCAGGGUACCAGUUUAAAAAGAGCAUCAAGGUGAGCUACCUGAGCAUGGAGGAACAUGUGGAGAGCGACCCCUGUAAGUUUGUGUUGUCAUGUCGCGGCUCAUCUGAACGACUGACGCUUCAGGCCGCUAACAUCGACAUCAAGAAAGAGUGGGUCCAAAGCAUCCAAGAACUGCUGAACAUGCAGAUCAACUUCCUCACAGCUCUCCAGAACCCACAGGAGUACCAGAAGAAAGAGAGUGGAGGUUCUUUGAGCAGGCAGCUGUCCAAUAGCAGCCGUUCCUCAUCCUCUCACCCCUCCACCCCCCUCAAACCCAACACCACCCCCAAUGGAAGCCCCGCCCACAACCCCAAUAAGCAUGUAGAGGAGGAGCUGGACGAGGGGGAGUGUAAUGGCCUGUCAUCGGUGCUAGUGACGCAGGAUUACAACGCCGUGAAGGAGGACGAGAUCUGCGUGGUGGUUGGUGAGAAGGUACAGAUCCUGGCGUCCAAUCAGCAGAACAUGUGCCUGGUUUACCGACCUGCAAACAGCCAAUCGCCUGCUGCAGAGGGCUGGGUGCCGGGUCAUGUGCUCUCCUCGACCCGGUAAAGCCAAGCCCCCUCAACACCUCGGAAUAAACCACUACUCACAUUCACCAUUCAGUUUCACCAGCCUACUCUGGGAAAGCAUGCCAAGACAUGCCACGCAACCUCCUGCUAAGCUACUGUUGGUCAGUCAGAACAGGAAGUCCCGCCCCGUUCCCCUGCCGCCGUACAGUUGAGGACUUAAAAUGCACACUGCGAAAAAUGGUGUUAUUUCACCUCCCAUAGUCGAUAUGGGCAACAACAAAAAAACUAACUACAGAAAAAAGGAAGUUCAAGAAAAUAUAUUAUAUUGCGAAUAAUUUAAAAAAAGAUUGUGUUGUAUAGAGAGGAAACUUGUCAGUGAAUUACGUGUGGAUGUGUAUGGAUGUCAACGUCAUCCUUUCUCAUCAACAUGCUCCAUUACGCGCACCUGGACUGUUUUUAAAUGGGGCUCUCCCUUUUUUCCCUGUCGGUCUAUGCCAAGUCAUUUGCACACUGUGUAUAUUUUCUUUUACUGAGAUUUUAUUUUUGGGAAGUUUUUUUUCCCCCUAAGUGUCUUAUUUUUACAGCUAUUAGGUGUGGCACAUUUAUUAUUUUCUUUCAGUUCUGUCAACCCGUUCAAUGUUCUGUACAAAGUAUUCUGCACUUUUCCAACAAAUAGUAUCGCAAUGACGGCAAGUUGUGCAGUACCACAAUUGUCACAAUGCUCAUAACUGUACUUGUAACUAAAGAUUUAAAUGUAUUAUUCUGUAUCAUUUUAAAUUUGUACAUAAUAUUUUUGACAUUGCCAUAAUAGAUGCACAGCAGAGGAAAACAGUCCCUCUAUUCCUGUCAGGCUCAAGAGAGAAAAAAAAACGUAAACUAAGCCCUGGUAGUCUGCACUGCCUCCAAAACCCAACCCUCUGAUUUUACAUUCGACAUCAUCUGAUUUAGUAUGUAAUAAGUUAUGAUCUGAAUCAUAUCAGAACAGAUGUUUACUCAAAUUAGUCGAUAAAAAAUAGAUGUUGUUGAUUUCUGAAGAGUAGUCAGCAUUCAAAUCUCAGAUAUACGUGUAAAUAAACGUAUAAAAAUACAAAUAAUUCUAGCAGGUAUUUCACUUGUUAAACUCUGGAAUGUUGUUCAUAAUAAAGCUGAC